AUGACAUUACCAUUAACUACAAAGAACUUUUUAUUAACAUUUAAGGAAUUCUUGAUUGUUUGGUUAAAUCAAAUUUUAUUCUAUAAUAACGUCUAUGAUCCUCUAAUAUAUGAUAAAUUCACAGCAUUUGAUCUAAUCAUCUAUAAAAAUAGGCAUCCUAAUUUAGAUCAAUACAUCGAUCAAUUGUUUCUUAAUAUAAUUAAUGAAUUAAUCAUCAACAGAAAGAAAUCCAAAAAUUCAGAUGAUUUCAAUGGAUUGUAUAAUAUAAACUGUUUGAUUUAUAAUGUUGAGACCAAUACGAUAAUUAGUAAAUAUACUUUAAAUUUCCAUAAAUUUAUCAUUAAUUUACAAGAUACAAUAUUUGAUUUAUCUAUAAAUUCAAUAGAUAAUUCAUCUAAAUUAAAAAUCGAUAGUUUAACUUGGAAUGAAAUAAAUACUCAAUUCAAUACGGUUUUAUUUCAUCAAAUUCAACUGUUGAAGAAAAUACAACCUCAUAGGACAAAUCCUGAUAAAUAUUUCUUUAAAAUAACAGUCGAUGUGGACAAACUGUUAUACAUAAACAACUACGGGUCAAGUUGGGUAAGACUAUAUAAUGGUGGUGAUACUUUCAAAGCUACAUUUACAUCAAUAGGUCAAGUUGAUUUGGAUAUUUUAAAUUUCAACUGUUUUACUGAAUCAUAUAAUUAG